AUGACACAGGAUGUGGAGCGCCUGUGUCGGGAACUCACCAGUUUCGCCAGUAAAAUUCUGACCACGCCCUUUACACUUGGAUAUUACUCCUAUCAGUGUGCCAUCAGUACAGGCUGGAUGGGUCCUGUGUCUAUCUUUGGAUAUUUCGUUGUCGGAUCUCUGGUGAAUAAACUUCUGAUGGGUCCUGUUAUCCCCAGACUGGUUGAGCAGGAGAAGCUGGAAGGUGAUUUUCGGUUCAAGCAUGUACAGAUUCGUGUCAAUGCAGAAGCUGCAGCCUUCGCCAGAGCCGGCUGUGUGGAAUAUGCCAGAACAGAGCGCCGCCUGAAGAGCCUUAUUGCCACUCAGAAGGAACUGAUCUAUCAGGAACUAUGGCUGUCUUUGGGAACAAACACCUUUGAUUAUCUUGGUGGAAUCCUGAGUUAUAUGACUAUCGCUAUUCCCAUCUUCUCCGGAGUGUACAAUGACCUAAGUGCCAGUGAACUCAGCGAGCUUAUCAGUAAGAAUGCAUUUGUUUCCAUCUACCUGGUCAACUGCUUCAGUCAGAUCAUAGAUUUAUCCAGCAACCUGUGUGACGUAGCUGGGUACACACAUCGGAUUGGGGAGCUGGUGGAGGUGAUGAUGAAGAUUGUACAAGAAGACAAGGAUGUAAGUCCAGCGGAGGAAGAAGAUGGGUCCCCACAGGAGAAGCCACAAAAUGGCGAUGGGGUAUUUAUCUUGGAUAAUGUAACGGUUAGCACGCCGGUGUCCGAGUGCACAUUAGUGCGAGAUCUCAGCCUGCGUGUGAGUAAGGGGAAUAGUCUUCUGAUCAGUGGAGAGACUGGCAGUGGGAAAUCCUCCAUUCUACGUGUUUUAGCCGGACUGUGGAAGACCAAACAAGGUCGGGUAUCUGUCCACACUCCGUUUGGUCCUCAUGGUGUUCUUUUCCUGCCACAAAAAUCAUUCCUGAGUGACGGAAGCUUGAGAGAGCAGGUGAUCUACCCACUGAAGGAGAUAUACCCAAAAUCUGGUCGGAUGGAUGACGAAAGAAUCCUAAAAUCACUGGACAUGUCAGGCCUGACAUCUCUGGUGAGCAGGACGGGGGGUCUGGACCAGGCUGUGAACUGGAAUUGGUCAGAGGUUCUGUCUCCAGGGGAAAUUCAGCGUUUGGCCUUUUCCCGCUUAUUUUAUCUGCAACCCAAAUAUGCAGUGCUGGACGAGGCAAGCAGUGCGCUCAGUGAGGAUGCAGAGGCAGAGUUGUACUCCCACUGUACCCAGAUGGGGAUGACGUUAAUUAGUGUUGGACACAGACGCAGCUUGCAGGAGUUUCACCACCUGGAGCUCAGACUUGGUCCUGGCGGACAGUGGGAAUUGCGACGAUUGAGAAAAUCAUGA